UUUCAUAAUCCUACGAUAAGAAAUUAAAUACAAACCUCAAAUAUCAAAUAACUCUUACGAAAAACCGGAUUGAACAUAACCUCAAUGUGAUCGCGCGCAUACAUUUACAAAAACCAGAUAAGAUCCAAUGGAAGUUCCUGUACCAAAUAUCGAGGCACUUUUUGAAAGGGAUUCAUAUCUUAAACCCUACGAGAAGGAAAUUCGGAGAAGAUAUGCUUGCUUUUUGGAUCUAAAAGAAAAAAUUGAUGAAAGCGAAUCUGGUUUUGAUGAUUUCACUCAAGGUUAUAAAUACUAUGGGAUUAAUGUACAACCAGAUAAUUCUGUAAUAUGUAGAGAAUGGGCACCAGGUGCAAAUCAAUUAUAUCUAACGGGAGAGUUCAAUAAUUGGAAUAGGGAUGAAACAAAAUAUAAAAAACUUGAAUUUGGUAAAUGGGAACUUAAGUUACCACCAAAUCAAGAUGGUUCUUGUCCAAUAAAACACCUCUCAGAAUUAAAGGUGGUUGUAGAAAUGGAGAAUGGUGUAAAAGAAGAUCGGCUUUCACCAUGGGCAACCUACGCAGUUGAACCACCCAAAGAUAAAGGAACAAUUUAUCAACAAAGAUUUUGGAAUCCACCAAAACAUCAAAAAUACGAAUUUAAACACUCAAAAGUACCAAAACCAAAGAGUUUACGGAUAUACGAAUGUCACGUUGGAAUUGCUACGUCCGAAUUAAAUGUUGGUUCCUACGAUAAUUUCACCGAUAAUAUUCUACCAAAAAUCAAAAAACAAGGCUACAACGCCAUACAAUUAAUGGCAAUCAUGGAACACGCCUAUUACGCCAGUUUUGGAUAUCAAGUGACGAGUUUUUUCGCCGUUUCGAGUCGUUACGGCGUCCCUGAUGCCUUAAAACGUUUAAUUGACACCGCUCAUUCGAUGAACAUCGCGGUUUUUCUCGAUAUCGUUCAUUCGCACGCCAGUAAAAACGUUUCGGACGGUUUGAAUCGUUUUGACGGUACUGAUUCGUGUUAUUUUCAUUCUGGGAAACGCGGCGUGCAUGAUUUAUGGGAUUCAAGACUGUUUAAUUAUUCUGAAUAUGAAGUGUUAAGAUUUUUAUUAUCAAAUUUGAGAUGGUAUUUGGAUGAGUAUCAAUUCGACGGAUUUAGAUUUGAUGGUGUUACUUCAAUGUUGUAUCAUUCGCACGGAAUCGGGGAAGGUUUUAGUGGGAAUUACGAUGAGUAUUUUGGAUUAAAUGUAGACACUGAGGCUUUGGUUUAUUUAAUGUUGGCUAAUUAUGUUAUACAUAAAAUACGAGGGGAACAUGUUACGAUUGCUGAAGAUGUUUCUGGAAUGCCGGGAAUGUGUAGACCUAUUGAAGAGGGUGGAUUAGGUUUCGAUUAUAGAUUAGCAAUGGCGAUACCCGAUAAAUGGAUACAACUUUUGAAAGAAUGCAAAGAUGAAGAUUGGAAUAUCGGAAAUAUAGUUCAUACUUUAACAAAUCGUAGAUGGAUGGAACCGAGUAUAUCUUAUGCGGAAUCUCACGAUCAGGCUCUAGUCGGCGAUAAAACGAUCGCUUUUUGGUUAAUGGAUAAGGAAAUGUAUACAAAUAUGAGUACUUUAUCCGAUUUAACUCCCAUUAUUGAUCGCGGGAUCGCUUUACAUAAAAUAAUCCGUUUGAUUACGCACACUCUUGGGGGUGAAGGAUAUUUAAAUUUUAUUGGGAACGAAUUUGGACACCCAGAGUGGUUAGAUUUUCCACGAUUAGGUAAUAAUAGUUCAUAUCAUUACGCACGUCGUCAAUGGAACUUGGUUGAAGACGAUUUAUUGCGGUAUAAGUUCUUAAAUGAGUUUGAUGCGGCAAUGAAUCAUUUAGAGGAGAAAUAUGGUUGGUUACAUAAUGAUUCAAGUUAUGUUUCGUGGAAACACGAAAAUGAUAAGGUGAUAGCCUUCGAAAGAGGAAAUGGAUUGGUAUUUGUUUUCAAUUUUCACCCAACAAAAAGUUUUUCGGGAUAUCGAGUUGGUGUUAGUCAACCGGGUUGUUACAAAAUAAUUUUGUCUUCGGAUGAUGUUAGAUUUGGUGGUCAAGCUCGUAUUGACACCAAUCUAAAUUAUUUUACUGAACCCAUUGGUUUUGGUGGGUUAAAAAAUUCUUUAUUGCUUUAUGUACCUUCAAGAACAGCUAUUAUUUUAGCUAAAAAUUAAUAUACAGAUUUGUUUUCCUUUUUGAUAUAUUGUUAACUUUUGUAUUGUUAAGUUUUUAUUAAUAAAAUAUACGCAGAAACAUCUUUAAAGAUUACAAUAUAAA